CUUCCUCUCGUCUUCACUCGAAAGCAGAGCUUCUCGAUUUUCUCUACUAUUCAAAGGAAAGUGGUCGGUAAAAUGGCCAUUACUGAGCUUAACAAACAACCCCCAAAAUCCAAAUCCCUAAAUCCUGUUACCAGAUCCUUGCUACUCUCUUCGGCAUUUAUUCAAACACCAUUCGCGCCUCCAUUUUCUAGGCCAUCAUCAUCAAAGCCCAAUCUUGUUCCCUUUGUCCCUGAAAAUGUAAUCCGUCACCUUCACCAUUCGAUCGUUUCAACCGCCGAUAAGUUCUGGAAUUUCCUUAACCAAAACCCAGUUUUCAAAAACAUUAUCUCCUUAUCAUCCGAAUUCCAGAGCUUCUGCAAUGAGGUAAAAACUUGCAGAAACGACUACGUGAAGAUUACGAGCUAUUCCCCGCUUUCAAAUCACGAUUUUGCGGCGGUUUUGCCCGGUGAUUCAGUGGCAGGGGUCGUGGUUGCCAAUGGAAUCCUAAAUUUCUUAAACAUUUACAAUACGCUGUUGAUUGUAAGGCUGGUUUUGACUUGGUUCCCUAACUCGCCUCCAGCCAUUGUUAGUCCCCUCAGUGCUAUAUGUGAUCCGUACCUGAACAUAUUCCGGGGGAUAAUUCCACCAUUAGGAGGAACAUUGGAUCUAUCUCCAAUACUUGCAUUUAUAGUUCUAAACGCAUUUACUAGCACUGCCGCUGCACUUCCGGCCGAGCUUCCGGUGGCCGGACAACCUCCAAGAAGCGCUUCGUCACCUUCAUUGUUCACCGCUUUAACAUCGUCGCAGAAGAAAUGGAUGAGACGACUCAACCAGAGACGGGCAAAGAAUUCCAAAUCCAAUGCCGACAAUUAAACUUGUUCUUCCUUUUAGAGUUAAAUGGAGGUCCUUUAAACCUUUUUACUCUCUAUUUUGUAUCCCUCGAUCACUAGAAAUUCUUUUGCCAUGAAACUAUUCGAUUAAAACCCAGAAAGCAUUACACUUUUUGUUCUUGUUUAA